AUGGAAGAUUCUUGGCUACAAACAGUUCGCGAAGGUAAAUGCUUGCCUGAAAGUGAUCUUUUCAAUCUCUGUGAAAAAGUAAAAGCCCUUCUAAUGGAAGAAAACAACGUUCAGCCCGUCUCAGCCCCUGUCAUUAUCUGUGGAGACAUCCAUGGUCAAUUUUAUGAUUUACUCGAACUCUUCAGAACUGGCGGCCAAAUUCCCGACAACAACUAUAUCUUCAUGGGUGACUAUGUUGACCGCGGCUAUAACUCAGUAGAAACCUUCGAGCUCUUAAUAGCUCUAAAAGUCAGAUAUCCCCAAAAUAUCACCCUUCUUAGAGGAAACCAUGAGAGUCGUCAAAUUACGCAAGUCUACGGAUUUUAUGAUGAAUGUGUCAGAAAAUACGGCAACGCCAAUGCUUGGAAAUAUUGUACUGAAGUCUUUGACUACUUAAAUAUAGCUGCUGUAGUAGACUCACAGAUUUUGUGUGUGCAUGGAGGACUUUCCCCAGAAAUCAAAACUAUUGACCAAAUGAGAGUUAUUGAUAGAAAAGUGGAAAUUCCACAGGAAGGAGCUUUUUGCGAUCUAAUGUGGAGCGACCCUGAAGAUAUUGAAACUUGGUCUAUGAGUCCUAGAGGGGCUGGAUGGAUUUUUGGCUCUAAAGUGACUGAAGAGUUCAACCAAAUAAAUGGGCUGUCACUAAUCUGCAGAGCCCAUCAGCUUGUACAAGAAGGUUACAAAUUUUGGUUCCCUAGCUCCCCAGUUAAUAAUUAUUUUUCUAAAAAAUCAUUUCUUAAAAAAUUAUGUCCUAUUGAUAAAUAAGGCUAAAAGGGUAAGCAAAAUUUAGUUACCGUUUGGAGUGCUCCCAACUAUUUCUACCGCUGUGCCAACGACGCUUCAAUUUUGGUCGUCGACGAAAACCUCAACCGGGAGUUCAAAAUGUUCAAAGAAGUCCCAGAAAGUGCCAAAAGUAUCCCUCCCAGAUCUGUAGUGCCUUAUUUCCUCUAG